GGGGCACUUCCGGCCGCCGUGUUCCACUUCCGGGUCGCGCCCAUCGCCCCGUCGGCCGCCUGCUGCUUUGAGCUGCCACCGCAGCCUCGGCCCACGGAGCCACCGCGAUGAGGCUCUACAGCCUAAGUGUCCUUUACAAAGGUGACCCCAAAGUGCAUUUGCUCAAAGCUGCCUAUGAUGUGUCCACCUUCAACUUCUUUCAGAGAUCCAGCGUGCAGGAGUUCAUGACAUUCACGAGCCAGCUGAUCGCGGAGCGCUCGCCGCUGGGCAGCCGGGCCUCCAUCAAGGAGCAAGAUUAUCUGUGCCACGUGUAUGUCCGGAACGAUGGGCUGGCCGGAGUGGUGAUUGCAGACAAUGAAUAUCCACAGCGGGUUUGUUUCACCUUGCUGGACAAGGUGCUGGAUGAGUUCUCCAGGCAGGUCAGCAAGAUGGACUGGCUCUCAGGGUCUCCUGCCACCAUCAGCUACUCUGCCUUGGAUGGAUACCUCAGCAAAUACCAGAACCCCCGGGAUGCUGAUCCAAUGACACGAGUGCAGGCAGAGCUGGACGAGACCAAAAUCAUCCUGCACAACACUAUGGAAUCGCUGCUGGAGCGUGGGGAGAAGCUGGAUGACCUGGUCUCCAAAUCGGAGGUGCUGGGGGCACAAUCCAAAGCCUUCUACAAAACGGCCCGAAAGCAGAAUUCCUGCUGUGAAAUCAUGUGACGUGGAGCCCAGGGUCUCCACCUCCAGACCACCAGCCCUCCACCCCCCUCCAGAGCCACCCCAGGGAUGUUCCUGGGGCUGGGCCAGGGGUCCUCAGACCCCUGGGCUGAUGUGACUUGUCCAUCUUAAGGGGACACCAAGGCUGGCACUGGGCUGGCAUCCAUGGGGGGAUGUCCACACUGAAGACCCCCCUUGCUGUUCCUGGGACAGCUUGGACCAGGGGGUACCUGGCCACACACUCCCCUGCCUUCACACCCCCCAGGGGUGGAGCCUCCCACUGCUGUCUGGGUGGCUGGGGGGGCACGCAGAGCCCCCUGCUGCCAUCCCAGGAGCUGGGGGGCUUUUAUGUAUUCGUGUCCUAAGGGUGAGCUGGGGGGGUGGGAGAAGGGGGGAAGGGAAAAAGAAGAGGUGUCUUGGGUGGAGGGUGCUCACUGCCUCCCUGAGCAGCUUUUCCCCAUGGUGCUGAGCCUGGAGCUGUGUCCUGGUGCUGGGGAAGUGGGGGAGCUCACCAGCCUGCCCUGCCCCUCCUCCCACCGGCCAGGGUGGGGGGACUCAGCACCUGCCAGGGUCCAGCAGCCCUCACUGCCUCCUCUUCCUCCUCCUUGGGAAGUGAAAAGUUUGGCUUGGGCUGUACCUUGCAGUGCUCUGGUUGUUUCCAUGCCCUGGCUGCACUGGCCAGGGGGAUAAAGUCGUCUUUGGCAGUUGAA